UUUAACGUGAUAUUUAUUGAAGCUAACAAAUAAAAAUUAGCCAAAACUCAGUGAUUAUGAGCUUAAAAUUGAAGUGUUAAACAGUGUUUAGAUAAUUGAAGGCGCGUAUAAACGAAUUUAAAAGUGAUAUGCAAAAACGCAGCUGGCUGCUGCUCCCGCUCCUGCUGCCGUUGUUGUUGCUACUCGUCUUAAGGGGCAACAAGAACUACGCGACGUAAUUGAAAUUGAAGCUCCGGCUGGGAAUACAUAAGACCGCAAAAGAAGGUGUUAACAUUAUAUCCAAAUAUUCAGUAUGGUGCUUGUGCUGAAUGGUGUGCUGCAGGACGAAUGCCCGCUGGACACAAGCACUUUGUUUCUGCAGCAUCCCGUCUAUAGAGAUUAUGCCCAACAGCUGCACUCCAUACAGGCCAAGUCGAUAGGUCCUGUCGGUCUGCUCUAUGUGGGCCAACGAGAGCUGGCCGCUGCGGCACCGCACGACAAGAACAUUAACAUCAUUGGCGCCGACGAUGCCACCACCUGUAUUAUCGUUGUUGUCCGCCACUCGGGUUCGGGUGCUGUUGCUUUGGCGCAUUUCGAUGGCAGCGGCGUUGAUGAGGCCGUCUGCACAAUGGUGUCGCGUGUCCAGGAGCUAGCGCUUGGUUAUCCGGAGGGACGCAUUGAAUUGCAGCUGAUUGGUGGCUAUCGAGACUCCCAGGGCUAUGGCGAGGAUGUCUUCUAUAGCAUUAUGCAAUCAUUCCACAAGCAUCACCUUGAAAUCGACUUGACGCAGGCGUGUGUGGGUGAAUUGAACACAAUGCUGCGCGGCGAGAUCAACUGCCCGAUCAUCUAUGGUGUGGGCGUUAACAUCAAGACUGGCGAGAUCUUUCCCGCCACAUUCCCCGAUCGAGGACCCGAUCAACAGCUGCGCAAUGCUCGCAUCUUUAUGGGAGCUCAAACCGUGUUGGAUGUGUACGACUCCGCCAAUGGCAUGCUGAGAAUUGGACCCUUCAACUAUGAUCCAUUGCGUGGCGCCGACUUGUGGCUGUCGCAGACAGAUGAGUUUCUGCUGCAGCAUUUGUCAUCCAGUCCCGACGUGGAGCCGCCGCACUUUGCGCCACAGACGCGUGCCACCAUCAGAUUCAUACAGGAGAACCAGUUUCCCGCUGUCACCGUCUUCAGGGAUAAUCGACCCCGAUACUAUAGACGCGACGAUGCCACGGGCUGCUGGGGUUUGGUUAGAUAUUAAAGCUUAAUUUUUAGUAAUUAGUUGUUAAAAACACAAAUAGUGAAAACGUUUUUGGAGAACUGUCAAUACAUAUAUUAUACAUAUUACCUAUAACAUACAUACACAUACACAUACAGCAUAUAUAUCUAUAUUAAUUGUAAUACAAAUCUGGCAAAUCAGAUGUAAAUUGGUGCAUGUGUUAAUCGCUGUUUUUUCGUAUCGUGCGCUCCCCUUACCCCCAGCUCCACUAGUUGCAUAUUUUUUAACCUCGUUGCUUCUGCUUACACAUUUUUUACUAUUCGAUUUAAUUGUUGAGUUAAUUGUUUUUGGCUGUAAUUGAAUUUGAUUGCAAUACUUUAAUUAGCACUCGAUUAACGAGUCACCCUGCUGCCGAUCAAUCGAGCAAUUGUAUCUCAAAUAUCUUAUUCUCUCUAAUUACACAAUUUAGAUUCUAGAAUGAGUUCGGAUAUGUAGAGAACAACUUUGGAAUGCGCCUUAUUAAUGGAUCUGAAAGUAACCCGAUAAACAAAAAAAAAUAUAUAUAUUUAGAUUAUUAUGUAUACAUACUAUAUGUAAAUAAUAUAUGUGUGUGUAAUACUUAUUAAACACAGAAUUUUAACGAGAUUCUUAGCAAAAUAUAUAUACACAUGUGUACACGAACAUUUAAAUGCAAUCAUUUUAGUUGUAAAUGUAAACUGUAAUCAAACUUAAACAAAUUAAAAUGGCUUGGCUAUUCGUAUAUACAUACCAC